GAAUUCCAAAUGAUGUGCAGAAUGCUGACUAUUCUAAUCUGUACAGAUCAGACAGUACAGAAAAGAGGAUUCCUGUAAUUCUGGGAUUGCAUUUUGCAACUUGUCUCCUCAAGCUUGGCGCCAAGCCUCUGGUAGGUAGGGACUUGGGGUCUGGGACCAAAGCAGCGGGUGGAGGGCGUCCGCGGACUACCCCGCGCGUCCCUGGCCAUGUUGCCUUUAAUGUCCUGUCUUUUUGCGUGGCGUUCUGAGGGUUUCCAGGGCUGGCUGGGGUUGCUUUCCACCUGCAAGCUCUCUGUCAUGCCCAGCCAACCCCAGCCCUCAAGGAUCCCUCAAGCCGAGACCUUUUGACUCCCAGCUUCUUAGAUCCCUCCUGCGCCCCCUCCCCUGCCUGGGGGUGGCGGAGAGCCGGACCUCGCAGGGCCAAGCCAGGAUCAUGCUGUUUCUCUCUGGAAAUGUCUCCGACAGCUCCAACUGCACUCAUCCGCCGGCACCGGUGAACAUUUCCAAGGCCAUUCUGCUGGGGGUGACCUUGGGGACUCUCAUCAUUUUCGGGGUACUGGGGAACAUCGUAGUGAUACUCUCGGUGGCCUGCCACCGGCAUCUGCACUCCGUCACUCACUACUACAUCGUCAACCUGGCGGUGGCCGACCUUCUACUCACAUCCACCGUGCUACCCUUCUCCGCUAUCUUCGAGAUCCUAGGCUACUGGGCCUUUGGCAGAAUCUUCUGCAAUAUCUGGGCGGCGGUGGACGUCCUGUGCUGCACCGCGUCCAUCAUGGGGCUCUGCAUCAUCUCCAUUGACCGCUACAUUGGCGUGAGCUACCCGCUGCGCUACCCCACCAUCGUGACCCAGAAGAGGGGUCUCAUGGCUCUGCUCUGCGUCUGGGCACUCUCCCUCGUCAUCUCCAUCGGGCCUCUGUUCGGCUGGAGGCAGCCGGCCCCCGAGGAUGAGACCAUCUGCCAGAUCACUGAGGAGCCGGGCUACGUGCUCUUCUCGGCACUGGGUUCCUUUUACGUGCCGCUCGCCAUCAUCCUGGUCAUGUACUGCCGGGUCUACGUAGUGGCCAAGAGGGAGAGCCGGGGCCUCAGGUCCGGUCUCAAGACCGACAAGUCGGAGUCGGAGCAGGUGACGCUCCGUAUUCAUCGGAAAAAUGCCCGGGUAGGAGGCAGCGGGGUGUGCAGCGCCAGAAACAAAACGCACUUCUCCGUGAGACUCCUCAAGUUUUCCAGGGAGAAGAAAGCUGCCAAAACACUGGGCAUCGUGGUCGGCUGCUUCGUCCUCUGCUGGCUGCCUUUUUUCUUAGUAAUGCCUAUUGGGUCUUUCUUCCCUGACUUCAGGCCUUCUGAAACAGUUUUUAAAAUAGCAUUUUGGCUCGGAUACCUAAACAGCUGCAUCAACCCCAUUAUAUACCCAUGCUCCAGUCAAGAGUUUAAAAAAGCCUUUCAGAAUGUCUUGAGAAUCCAGUGUCUCCGCAGAAAGCAGUCUUCCAAACGGGCCCUAGGCUAUACCCUGCACCCACCCAGCCAUGCCCUGGAGAGGCAGCACAAAGACCUGGUGCGCAUCCCCGUGGACUCAGGAGAGACCUUCUAUAAGAUCUCCAAGACUGAUGGGGUUUGUGAAUGGAAGUUUUUCUCUUCCCUGCCUCAUGGAUCUGCCAAGAUUGCAGUGCCCAAAGACCAAUCAGCCUGCACCACAACCCGGGACUUUUAACCAUGAAACCACCUGCACACAGCUCCAGUCAAGCCGGUUGGAACACUGUUGGC